GAGUUUACGACAGUUUUUGUGGUUUUACGGUAACGUAACCUGUUGUGGUAAACAUGCGGACUCGGAGCAGUGUUCAGUAGUAAAAGGAAAGAAGUAAAGGUCAAAAUGACAAACGACAAAAAUGUCUAGAGCAACCUCUGUUACGCAGAUGGAGAAUUACGGUAAAGCGCGGACCGUAGAGCGGCCUUCAGUCUGUCCGUUUACCGACCUCUGCCCCGACACCCCGGAGGUGCGAGUUAAAGAUGGAAGCAAGAUCCGCAACCUGCUGCGCUUUGCUCUGAGUCGCCUGGAGGCCAGUCCCUCACGAGCUGAGGAGGAGGGACGGCCCACACCUGAGGAAGGAAGCGAAGAACCACCGGGCCGGCCGCUCUGUAAACAGAUCGUGUUUACCGCCGUUGGGAAGGGUGUCUCCAAAGCCAUCACCUGUGCAGAGAUUGUGAAGCGGCGCCUCAAGGGGCUCCACCAGGUCACCAAGCUCACCUACAGCUCCGUGGUGGAGGUGUGGGAGCCGCUGGAGCCUGCUGCCGGCCUCGACAGCCUCACCGUCAACAGGAACCUGCCUGCCAUCUGGAUCCUCCUCUCCAGGGAGCCACUGGACUCCAACCAGCCAGGAUACCAGGCGCCCGGCCGCUAUGACGCCCUCUGGGCUCCGACCGCCAGCAAGGAGGAAGGUGGCGGGCCAACGGGACAGCGAGCUGGACACCGCAGGAAGAGAGGAGGAUGGGGAGGAGGACGGGGAGGAGGCAGAGGCAGAGGGAAGGGGACCGGCCGUUAAAAUUAACGCUCUGGUCAAGCACCAGAAGGACACAGGUGUUUCUACAGCAUGUGGACAUGUAGGGACACUGGGAGGUUUAAACUGGUUUAGUUGGUUUUAAUAUAAGGAGGUAGAGGAGUCUGCUCCAAACCAAAUGUUUAUUUGGAUUUGUUUUUCUAAGAAUGUUUUAUCCAACUUUCCUUCCCACCAACAUGUAAGAGUUCAUUAAUGUCAUCCAUCUUCCAUCGGAAUCUGUCUGCACGACCCAUUUAAAGUCAUCCAGAUGUUUGUUGCUCAAACAGCUGUAAUCUGAUGAGGGUUUUCAUAAAGUUACAUGAAGGUCUGCGUACAGCUCAGAUUGUGUUGCACGGUGCUGUGUUCAUAUUGUCUGUGACCUUUUAACCGAGGACGAACAUGAACGCACCACGGUAAAGAUGGUGUUGAAGAGGACGGCCGCUCUAAGCUGACAAAUGUUUCGGACAAACCAAACCUCCUUCAUGCUGAAGAGUUGUUGAUAUUUUGGUGUUCAUCAUAAAGGAGAGCCAUUUGUGUGAUAGUCACGUAGAAAAUAAAGCUUUCUUUGGCGUGCAA